UCAGACUUCAGCGGAUAGAGAACAAAGUUUAGGAUGGCUGCUGUAGCUGUGCUUAGGAACGAGACUCUCCAGGCUUUUCUGCAGGACCGAACGCCAAACUCCUCACCUGAAAACAACAAACAUUCUCCACUGGCGCUUCUUGCGGCUACGUGUAACCGGAUCGGGCAUCAUCACCACCACACAGUCAACCCUGCUGAUUUCCUCCAGGUUUCAUACGACCCGACCCUGGCUUCUCCAUCCCGAAUUUUCCAUCCAUGGACUAACGAAACAAAUGUUCAGCCUACACAUUCCAGCACUUCUUCAUUCGGACUAUCAUCCAAACCGCCACUUUCUGCGCAUCUUCAAAGCUCCUACAGCUCCACUCAUGAGUUACCGCUUACCCCUCCAGCUGAACCCUCGUACCCCUACGACUUCUCCCCCGUCAAAAUGCUGCCAUGCUCGUCCUUACAGUCCACGUGUCCGCCCACCUACGUCCCAGCUGUGACAUACCCAACCCCGGCGCCCAUGCCACCCGCCGUGCCAGCUUUCGUAACCGGUCACUCAGGCUUGAUGCACCAGCAACAGAGACAACUGUCCCCUAACCCAGCCGAGGACAUCCCUUGGUGGAGCUUGCAACAAGGCAGUCCUGUAAGUCACCGUUUUCAAUUGCAGAGGGGGUUGGUGCUUGGGCACACGGAUUUGGCACAGUAUCAGAGUCAGAUCGCAGCUCUCUUGCACCCCAAAUCCCCACUGGCCACUGCGCGCCGGUGCCGCAGAUGUCGCUGCCCAAACUGCCAAACAUCCAGUUCCAGUGAUGAACCCGGUAAGAAGAAGCAGCACGUGUGCCAUGUACCAGGCUGUGGUAAAGUCUACGGUAAAACUUCACACCUUAAAGCUCACCUGCGCUGGCACUCCGGGGAGAGGCCGUUUGUCUGCAACUGGCUCUUCUGCGGUAAAAGUUUCACCCGUUCAGACGAGCUGCAGAGACACUUGAGGACACAUACCGGAGAGAAACGUUUCUCAUGUCCCGACUGCUGCAAGAGGUUUAUGAGGAGUGAUCACCUAGCCAAACAUAUCAAAACCCACCAGAACAAAAAAAGCAGCAAACCACACGAGAAGAGCACAGAGCAAAUUAAACGAGAGGAUACCAGACACGUUUAAACCAGAGCAGGACUGAUAUUGCAUAGUCAGAGACUGAGCAGAACUCAUCAGUGGACUUUUGGACAAACUUUUGGACCCUAAUAAGCAAUGGAGUUGUAAAGCUCAAACAGUUGCAACUUUUAAAGCUCGUUUUUGGACUUGUAAAUAUGUUCUCAUCAGGACUC